AUGGCUAGUGAGACUCCUGAUUUCCAACAAUUCGAAGAUGAACAACCAAGCGAUGAUUACAAAGUCUCCGCCAAAAAGACAGUCGACGAAUAUAAGAAAUUAGAUGCAGGAGAUGAAUCUUUGGCUAAAUGGAAAGAAUCAUUGGGUCUGGGACAGGAUGUUUUGCCUCUGGAGUUUGAAGGUGAUAAGAGAAAGGUGGUUAUUCAGAAGAUUCAAUUAUUGGUAAAUAAUGAAACUCCAAUUACUUUUGAUUUGACUAAUGAAAAGACAAUCAAGGAAUUAGCAUCCAAACGUUACAAGAUCAAAGAAAACGCAAUUUAUAAAUUGAAAAUUACUUUCAAAGUACAACACGAAAUCAUAACAGGUUUGAGAUAUGUUCAAUACAUUAAAAAAGCCGGUAUCGCUGUCGAUAAAAUUGAUGAUCAUUUAGGGUCUUAUGCGCCAAAUACAAAGGGUAAGCCCUAUUAUGAAGUUGAACUUCCUGAAAGUGAAGCACCCAGUGGAUUCUUGGUUAGAGGUAACUAUAGUGCGGUGUCUAAGUUCAUCGAUGAUGAUAAGAAAACUCAUUUAACAUUAAACUGGGGUGUUGAAAUUGUCAAGAAAUAA